CGCCGUAAAACACCAACGAGCUUCACGCAUAAAUGAUUUUUUUACUAUGAAUAAAGGAAGAGCUGAUCCAUGGUGUACACUGUACACAUACCCUGAACUGUGAACUUAGUUCAUACUCGCCAACUUAUUCGCCAUGGACGAUCUGCUGGGAAAAAUCACGCAGCAGGCGAUGAACUAUGCGAUCAGGUCUGGAAUCGCCAUAACAAGUGGGUAUGCAGUAGGACAGUGCUCGAGGUUCUUAAAGACCGUCGACAAUAACGAGGAGUUUCACGAACUCCAAGGUCUUCAGAUGCGGCUUGACAGCAAGAUCAGAAUUAUUUCACCAGCAAUUGAUAUGAUUGAGCUGAUCUCGGCUCGCGGCAAUACUUCACUUGAGUCUGCAGUCACUCUGACAAAAGAGUUGCGCUGGGACAUACAGUCUCUUGGGGUCCGUCUUGCCAAAGCUGCGAGUGCUGAAGAAUCGGCUCGCCGCGGAACUGGUCGAUCCAAAUCUGGCCCUGACCACAAGGCUGAAUUGCGCUUCAUUGUUCAGGAUAUCAAGCGAUUGCUCACUCGUAUCGAAGAUGCCGUCCCCUUGAUCAACCUUGCAAUCGCGACAUCUGGGGCCAGUCUUUCCACGACCUUGCCUGCUUCUGUGUCCCCGUCAAGACUCCUUCAAGCGAGCACUUUCCUCACAGCAUGUGAUACACGUUACUCACUAGAUCCCAGCCGUCCGAUACAAGCUGGGCCAACGUUUACACUCUCUGUGUAUAUGUUAUUCGCAGGGCAUUCCAAUAGACCUCAUGACGAAAGGGGUAUACGAGAUAUGGUCUGGAAAGAGACUAUACAUAAGGCAAAGGUCAAAUUAAUGAGGAGCCCCUUGAGUGGUUCGUACGAUGAUAGCGCCCGUUCCGACUUUAGGUCUUCUACUAACGCCAAUGACCUUGGCGAUGGUUCUACCGCGGGGAGUAAUGAGAAUGACGACAGGUCGGAGCUUCAAAUCGCCGGAGAAGGGAAAGCCAAUGAGUAUUCCUAUCGACUCGUUAUCGUUGAAGAUCUGGAUGACAAUCGAGUACAUACCUACGAAGAAAACGAGCCUCAACCCGGUCCAUUUGAAGAUGUAGCCCUUGCAGGUUUAAGAGAGCAUUUUCCGAUACAUCAGAUAUCGAAAAUAUUCUACGCCGACACUGGCAAAAUCCUCAAUAUUGGCAGUGAGGGAGAAGCAAAUAGCCCUGUUCUUCUUUUGAAGCGUGAUGUGAACGCUGUUCCUCCGCGGCGCAUGAUGGAAUCCUCUGAACGUGAUAACCUGUGGGAUGAACCGUUCGAAAGCGUGGAAGGAGAAGGAAGACAGUUAGAGGACUCGAUAUAUGAUGACACCGAAACCGAUCCCGAUGAAUCGCAGCUAGAUAUUGACGAGCAACUUCGCCGAGAAAACUCGGUUUUGGAGCCAAAUGAGCUACCCAAUACAGACGUACACAAGAAACGGGUUUGGGGUUUCCCUCCUAACCUGGACCCCGAAUGGGUAGCUUUCGAAGUUUAUGUAGAGUCCGAUGAUGAAGAAAGCUCAGAUGACGAAGAGGAACCGGGCAGGGGUUCUGCCUACGCUUCAGUUCGCCCAGGCUCCUCACACGAGUCGCCCUCUGAUCCCGAUCUUACAAGAAGUUUGUCGAACCUUGACAUCGGCAGCUCCUCAUCAACCGGUAGUCCUAGUCCACAAAAGCGGCGCUAUUCCCGCCCACCGAAUGCCCCGCAAGCGUAUUCUACGCCUUUCGGGCCAGUUCGCUCCUCACUGUCCCUUCUAGAGAUGCUCGUUCGUCUCACGGCCCUCCAACAAUUCCAGCAAGCCUCUCAUCUCUCCAUCCCGGACGAAUUACUUAACUUCUUCCUCGAAGAGUCAUCUACUACAGGCGCCGGUGGAGAUGUUGAAGAGAGACGCCGAAGGCGCUUUGAAGCUAGACAGAAAGUCGGAUUUGAUCCGUAUGAUGAGAGCCCGAUAAAACACAGGGGAGAAGACUAUCAAUAUGGGUCUCAGCCGUCUAGCCCAGCAAGGCGGGGUGGUCCUGGUUUCGAUGAAUGCGAUCAAUCGCCGCUGCCAAGAAGGGGCUGGGAGAGAUCUCGGAGCGCAACUCCGAAUAGUGGAACCCCAGAUCACUGGUUGCUGCGGAAUAAAGAGAACCCGUCGGGUUCUAGAAAAGGCACGACUCCGGAAUUUCCAUCGACGCCUGGGUCGCCAUAUGUACCGGCACCGAAAGCGUCCCGUCCUCUGGAUCGGAUCCAACAAGAACGGCGAGGCAUAAAGGGGAGCCCGCUGGGCAAAGGAGUCAGUGUUGAGACUGAUUCGAGACUUGGAACUAGCCCUCAUAGUCCAACUCAAGAGUGCGAAGAGACUUCCAAAGGAUGAAUGAUUAAUGACGGAGGGUUGUCAGAAUUAUGGGUCGAACACGACAAGAAAUUGUAAUAGAGCGGCAUCUCAAACGGGUUGUUAUAGAUGGUAAAUGACACCCAGAUUUAACUUAUGAAGAUCUGAAUAUUUUUGUUCACGCCAUCUGGUGAAGUGCGAUACAUGUAUGAAGGU